GUUGCGCAGUCCGCUCAGUGCUUUGCAAAGCGCUUCCAUCCCCUCAUAAUAUUCCCAUCCAUCCCUUUCAGAUAUUAUACUGUGCUUGGCUUUAUCAUGCAUGACAGCCAUGUUAUCCAGCUUGUCCUGCUGCUCUCCCUUCUCUGCAUCGGAUUGACUGCCCAGUCUGAGCUGGAGACAGAUGAAGUGGUUCCCAGGCUGCUGUCCGGACAGGAGGCGCACCUGUCCCCAGACCAGACCCGGCGUGCCCUGCGGCGCCGCGGCCAGCGCUCCCUGGACGCCCCGGGGGGAGGUGACCCUGACCCGGAUAACUUAGUCCUGUCACUGCCUGCCUUUGGAAAGAACUUGUACUUAAAUCUGAGAAGGGACAGCACGUUUCUCUCGGGGGAUUUCGUGGUGGAGGAGAGGCAAAAGGACCAGAGCGCAAAAGUGUCCCGCAUCUCCAAGGACCGACUCUGCUUUUACUCGGGAUGGAUUGUCAAUCACACCGACUCUCUGGCAUCACUUAGCACCUGCGGAGGCUUGACCGGCCUUGUCCAAAUAGGGAAGGAGAGCUUGUUUAUCCAGCCGGUCAGUGAGAAUGACCCAUCUCAGUCAUUUUCUGGACUUAAACACCGACUGGUCCGACAUCGACGCUCGGCCAUGUCCGGAUCUGCUCCAGCCCCGGAAGCGGAGCAUAACACUGCCGCUGACCAGCCCGAGUACUGUGGUACUGUACAAGGGAAGAAGAAGGAGAAGAGGUCAAAAGUGAGUGAGGAAGGUCGGGGGAAGAGGAAUGCCAUUCAUCUGAAUGAAGUGUACACUGUGGAGACGGUGGUGGUGGCCGACUCCAAUAUGGUGCAGUACCAUGGCGCUGAGGCAGCACAGCGGUUCCUGCUGACUGUCAUGAACAUGGUCUACAACAUGUUCCACCACCAGAGUCUGGGAGUCAGGAUCAACAUUCGCGUCACCAAGCUGGUGUUGCUUCACAGCCGCCCAGAAAAGCUGAAGGUGGGCCAUCAUGGGGAAAGGUCUCUGGAGAGCUUCUGUCAUUGGCAGUAUCAGGAGUUUGGGGGCCCCCGCUACCUUGGUACCAACCAUGUGCCUGGAGGCAGGGAUGACAUUCCACCUGUGGACACUGCUGUGCUGGUCACCAGGACAGAUUUCUGCGUUCAUAAAGACGAACCCUGUGAUACUGUGGGUAUUGCUUAUCUGGGAGGCAUUUGCAGUGCCAAAAGGAAGUGCGUGUUAGCAGAGGACAACGGACUCAACCUGGCCUUCACCAUCGCUCACGAGCUAGGACACAAUAUGGGGAUGAGCCAUGAUGACGACCACGCCACUUGCACCGGGCACUCCCACAUCAUGUCUGGCGAAUGGGUGAAAGGCAGGAACCCCAGUGACCUAUCUUGGUCUUCUUGUAGCCGUGAUGAUCUGGAGAACUUCCUCAGGUCCAAAUCCAGUGUUUGCCUACUACAUACAGACCCCAGGAGCCGCUACCAGGUCCGACUACCUCCCAAGCUGCCAGGCAUGCAUUAUAGUGUUGAUGAACAGUGCCAGAUCCUGUUUGGCACUAAUGCCACGUUCUGCAAUGACAUGGAGCAUCUGAUGUGUGCCGGCCUGUGGUGUUUGGUGGAGGGAGAUACAUCCUGUAAAACCAAACUGGACCCUCCUCUGGAUGGGACGGAGUGUGGAGCUGACAAGUGGUGCAGGGCGGGGGAGUGUGUCAGUAAGACUCCCAUUCCCCAGCAUGUGGACGGUGACUGGAGUCCAUGGAGCCAGUGGAGCAUGUGCAGCAGGACCUGCGGUACUGGAGCCCAGUUCAGACAGAGGAAAUGUGAUAACCCUCCACCUGGUCCUGGUGGUCGACAGUGUCAGAAGGCUAGUGUGGAGCAUAAGGCCUGUGAAGGCCCUCCCUGCCCCAAGGGGGCGCCCAGCUUCAGAGACCUACAGUGUCUCUCCUACGACCGAAAUGCCAGCAAGAAGAAAGCCAGCAUGCUGACCGCUGUCAUUAAUGAUGAGAAGCCAUGUACAUUGUUCUGCAGCCCAGUGGGACGAGAUGUCCCAGUCCUGAUGGCUGACAGAGUGAUGGAUGGGACGCCUUGUGGACCCUACGAGACCGACCUGUGUGUAAACGGCAGGUGUCAGAAAAUCGGCUGCGAUGGCAUCAUUGGCUCGUCAGCCAAGGAAGACCGCUGUGGUGUUUGCAAUGGAGACGGACGCUCCUGCAAGAUAGUGAGGGGGGACUUCAACCACACCAAGGGCAUGGUCACCACUAGGCAGUGUAAGAGGGUUUCUACCUGUGUGAUGACUAAACCCAGAGCUGUCCCCAAGUGUUUCUCAUGCUAUAUCGAGGCAGCAGUCAUCCCUGCAGGCGCCAGGAGAAUCAAAGUUGUGGAGGACAAGCCUUCCCACAGCUUUCUGGCCCUGAAAGACUCCUCCAAAAGGUCCAUCAACAGCGACUGGAAGAUCGAGCUUCCAGGAGAGUUUCAGCUGGCCGGGACUACGGUGCGCUAUGUGAGGAGGGGAUUGUGGGAGAAAAUGUCCGCCAAGGGGCCCACCAAGAGCCCGCUGCACCUGAUGGUGCUGCUCUUCCACGACCAAAGCUAUGGGAUCCACUAUGAGUACACAGUGUCUCUGAACACAAGUCAGGAGAGGAGCAUUGAGGAGCCCAAGGAGCCAGAGCAUAUCUACAUCUGGACUCACAGCAGCUGGCAGGACUGCACCGUGCAGUGUGGAGGAGGGGAAAGGAGGACUGUGGUUUCCUGUAUGAGAAUAGCCAAUAAGACCAUGGAGCUGGUCAACGACAGCCACUGUCAACCUGAGAACCGGCCCCAGCCCCAAGUACGACCCUGCAACAGUCACCCCUGCCAGUACCGGUGGGUGACAGGCGAGUGGGGGUCGUGCUCGGUGACCUGUGGGAAGGGGCUUCAGCAGAGGGAGGUGGUUUGUGUUUACCAGCUACAGAACGGCUCGCUCAUCCACACCAGGGACUUGUACUGCCAAGGAGGCAAACCCCCCGUCCUGCAAGGCUGUGAGGGACGCCUCUGCCUCACCAUCUGGGAGGCUUCCGAGUGGUCCAAGUGUUCAUCAGACUGUGGUCGAGGGGUUCGCAGACGGACGGUUUCCUGUACAAACCCCCAGGGCCUGUGUGACCCGCUAUCCCAGCCUGCUCAGGAGGAGCCCUGCGAGGACCACUCCAAAUGUUACGAAUGGAAGACUGGAGACUGGUCCAAGUGCUCAUCAUCAUGUGGGAAGGGCCUGCAAUCCCGAGUGGUCCAGUGUAUGCACAAGGUGACUGGUCGUCAUGGUAAUGACUGCCCAGCCACGUUAAGACCCCCAACCUACCGACCUUGUCACCAUGGCACCUGUAACGAGAAAAUCAACGUGAACACCAUCACCUCCCCCCGGCUAGCUGCUCUGACCUACAAAUGCAUGGGGGACCAGUGGACGGUGUACUGCCGGGUGAUCCGGGAGAAGAAUCUCUGUCAGGACAUGAGGUGGUACCAGCGCUGCUGUGAAACCUGUAGGGACUUUUAUGCCAACAAAAUACUGCACAAGAGCUAAUGACCAAAUGCACCCACGUUUCCUCCAAAUAGUGCUCCCUUUUGUAAAUGUUUUUACUAUUGUUCAAUGUUGUUAUCAAAAGCAAUUACUAUUACUGAUGGAACUUUUUGUAUUUACAAAAGAAUAAGGCAAGCGAGCAAAUGAGUGUACAUUUUAAGUGGGGUCAUAAGCUUCUAGUUUUGAUGAAGACUUGAAAAUGUUCAAUAUUUCUUUUGCUGUACACCAAAAAAAAAAAAGAAAAAAAAAAAAAAGCAUGUGACUUUCUGAGGAGCCUUUAAAAAAGCCAGUCUGGGUGGCUUUGUUGCACAGAAUGAUUCAAAAUGAGUGCUAGAUGAUGAAGUACACUUUAUCUGGCGAGUCUAGCAGAUAACAUGGGAGCAUCAUCUAGCCAGACCUUGUCUCCUCCCCCAUCCUCCUUGACUAUUCUCUUCUUUUAUGUUUUGCUCUAUUGUACUGUAUUAUAGCUGAUUGUUGCAAUUUCAAAUAAGUAGUAUAAUGUAAUUAUAUAAGUUGAAUUACUAUACUUAACUAUUAAUUAAGUAUGUUAUAGUUGGUAAUGAUAAGUAUUGACCAGGAGCCAUGAUAGAAUACUUUAGAAUUACAGUGAAACAACCAAGCUAAUGACAGGAGACCCACUAAUCCACAGGCCUGUUGGACGGCCUUGGACAGCUCAUGUAGCAGAGCCUGGUUCUAGCAUAAAACUACACUCUAAGGGUACGCUUUCAUGGUUUUGGUCCUUUUCCAUUGAGUUGCAGUUCAGCUGAUUGACU